AUGGACAGCAUGUUUGACAAUCUUGCUAAAACCGAGUUCAUCAGCAUCUUUGUUGGGAACCCAAGGCUCCAAAAACAUGACCUUUGGCACACGCAUGUCGAUUAUGAAAUCUGUCUACACACAAAUAGCAUGUGUUUUCGCAAGAAAGCGUCAAUGGUGAGACGACGUUACAGAGAAUUUGUUUGGCUGCGACGUUGUCUGGAACAAAACGCUCUCAUCAUAGAAAUCCCCAAGUUGCCGCCCUGGAACCCUUUCUUCAGCAUGAGAAAUGCAGAGCAGGUCAGACAAAGGAUGAAGGGUCUGCAGGAGUUUUUAGAAAUUGUUCUUCACACGCCGUUGUUGUUGUCAGACAGUCGACUCCAUCUGUUCCUUCAGUCCGACCUCAGCACCAAAAAGAUGCAAAAGUGUGCUCUUGGCAAGACCAGGUACACUGUGGCCGAAGCUAUCCAGUGCUUCGACAGCGGCUGCCUCACGACAUUGGAAGAUAAGGCCUCAUGUGACUCGGACUGUGAAAGCUUCUCUUCGUCAGGCUUGGGCUUAAGUGUGGACAGCACCAUUCAUGGAAGUUCCCUCAACUUCGAGUCAUCUGACAGAGAGGCAGAAUUGUGCACUUGUGAUUUAGUCGCCCACAAAACAACUCGGUGA